AUGACACUGGAAAAACAAUUAGCGGAAACCUUAAUCAAACGACGUCAAAUAUCGAAAAUGCGUAGAUUAGUUAUAAACCCAACCAAUGGCAUCGACUUUUCUUCGAACGAUUUUCUAGGUCUCUCUCAUUCUUCAUCUUUUCGAAAAGCCUAUCUGGCUGAAUUAAACGCCAUGCCCUCUAUCAUGGGUUCUACAGGCUCUAGACUGUUGGACGGAAACUCGUCUUAUGCUGAAAUGCUCGAACAACGUAUCGCUCUCUUUCACCAAGCUCCCGCCGCACUCAUCUUCAACUCGGGGUUCGACGCCAAUGUCGGUUUAUUCAGUACGGUUCCUCAACGUGGGGAUGUCAUUUUGUAUGACGAAUUCAUUCAUGCCAGUGUUCAUGAAGGCAUGCGCAUGUCGCGUUGCGCCAAGUACAUUCCCUUCAACCACUCAGACUUGGUCCACUUUGAGCAACUCUUACAGUCCGUUAUUGUCCAGUUCCCUGGCCAAAAUAUUUUUAUCGCCGUCGAAUCCGUAUAUUCUAUGGAUGGGGAUAUCGCUCCUUUAAAACAAAUCAUUGACAUCUUGCGCAAAUAUUUCCCCCAACGAGAAAAUGGCUAUGUGAUAGUAGACGAGGCGCAUGGCACUGGCGUGUUUGGUGAUAGUGGGCGUGGCGUGGUAUCUCAAUUGGGUCUGGAAAACGAAAUCUUUGCUCGUCUUCAUACCUUUGGAAAAGCCUUGGCUAGUAACGGAGCUGCUGUGCUUGGCUCUGACAUACUUCGCAAUUACCUGGUUAAUUAUGCAAGACCCUUGAUUUACUCUACUUUCAUGUCAUUCAGUUCUUUGGCAUCCAUCAAAUGUGCCUAUGAUAUACUCGAGAACGGCGAUACCAUGCCUAUCCAGUCUCAUGUGCAUGCCAUGACUCAGCGAUUCAGAGAUACUAUUCGACUGCCAUCGGGCACAUUACUGCCUUCCUCCAGUCCAAUCCAGGGCGUAGUGCUAAACGGAAAUGCACCUGUCAGAGCACUAGCCACUUAUCUCAACAGCAAAGGUUUGAUUGUCAAACCCAUCUGCUCACCCACUGUGCCCAUUGGCCAAGAACGUGUACGUAUUUGUAUUCAUGGUCACAACACUCUACAACAAGUUGAUACACUUGUGCAAGAAAUCCACCGCUUCUUUCAAACAACGGAAGUGGAAGCCAAGCUUUAA